AGUUCGGCGCUGCACCGCAGAGAGCUGAGCCGGCCUCGAACAAUACGAUCGAGGCCAAAAAGGUGGCUUUGACGCUGAAAACUUGGUAUAUCUUCCCGAACACGAGCUGGAAGGCGCAGUUGGUGAGCAGGUACGCCGUGCCAUACCAGCCAAUGUCGUCCGCUGAGUUGAAGUCGUUGGUGAUCUGAGGGAUGGCGGUCGAGACGAUAAAUUUAUCCUGCGAGCCGGGUCAGUCAGUCUGCAGUUCCAGAACAAGGUGAAUUGCGAACGUACCAAGGAAGACAGGAACAUGCCGACGAAGAUGGACAUCAUCAGCAGUGCAAGCUUGAUGCCAGUCGGGUAUGUUAUGUCCCGUUGCUUGCCCUUGGGAUCCAUGCUGUUGGAUGCAUUUGCGCUGGAGCCAGGUUGGUCCCUACGAGUCGCUGUCUGGCAUUCUGUCCCAGAUGUAGCCUCCUCUUCCUCUUGUGGAUGCUUUCCCUUCUUGCUGAACAGCAUGUUGGUUCUGUGGCAAGUGACUUCCCACUGGAAGCCAGGGGUCGAUGAGAUGUCGGCGUUCUCGUACUUUCACUUUCUGUUUGAGUCUCAAUCAACGCGGGAAGCAAGCACUGUAAGUUCGAUAUACACAAGCGAAUGGUAGGUGACCAAAGAAAAGACUACAAUUGAGCAAAGCAUGUUAAAUAGGCCACUUGAUCUCGGCCCCUGGAGAUUUUGGAACCCUUGCAGGAUGUGACCGGGCCCGGGUCAUUUGUGGCAGAGGAAUGGGCUCACCGACCAACACCCGUUACGGCCUCGUGGUAGACAGCAGAAGAAGCUGCACGGCCGGCACCAACUUGUCAAGGCUGAGUGGCCCGAGGAGGUGUCCGAGCUCGUCGGCCGCUCGAGAUUCCAGACCAAUAACGCUACGUAGACCACUCGUGCCCUGGACAGAAAAAGUGGUGCCAACCAUCCGCUUUUGGAUUUUCGGCCGUCGACCUCGGAAAAUCCUUCAAUAAUCAUCCGAACAUCUCGACGUCCAUAUUUGCUGGCUCCCUCCACGGAGGGUCUCUUUGGCCCAGGUUCUUUUAUUCUGCUCCUCCAGCUGAGUUAGCUAUGUCAAUUACACCAGCGACGCCCGCCCUGCACAGGUACGCGUGUACGCUCUGUGCCCGCCGCAAGGUCAAAUGUGACAAAAGCAGUCCCUGUUCCAACUGUCUCAAAGCGCGGGCACAGUGCUUCUAUGAGCCUCCCGCCUCCAACCGACCUCGGAAGCGGCCCGCAGACGACGAUCUGCUGGCCCGUCUGGCUACGUAUGAAGAUUUGAUGCGGAAACACAAUGUCGACUUCAGCCACUAUGACACUUGGAUACCUUCCGGGCUUGAAGUGAAGCAGAAGGAGAGUGAGGUUCGAAGUCGAGCCUUGAUAUCCUUCGCCACAAGGCACACUCCUUCGAAGACUUACUCCUCCGAAAACAAUGCUUCAAAUCUAGAACGGUGUUUAUGGUCGGAUCUGAGCACAGAGCUCAAGUACCCUCCCAUACAAACCCUGCGUCAUAAGGAUGAUCCCUCCUUACAUCCUACACCAUCACUGUCGUCCAUUUUCUCUAGUACACAACCCCAACUCCACGAGCUGCAUCCAGAACCGAAACACAUCUAUCGUUGUUGGCAAAUCUUUGUCGAAUGUGUCAACCCACUCACAAAAAUCGUGCACGUUCCCACCCUGCAACAGCGCAUUCUGGAUGCAAGUUGGGAUACCGCCAAUGCGUCGAAACCGCUGACCGCCAUGUUGUUCGCGAUCUACACUCAAGCUGUUACCUCCAUGUCCUCAGCUGAUUGCUUGGCCACUUUCGGCGAGACAAGGGAGAAUCUGUUGACUCGUUACCGAGUAGCGACCAUUCGGGCACUCAUGGAGGCCGACUUUCUCACGACGAGGGAUCUUGAGGUUCUACAAGCAUUUGUCCUCUUUCUCCUCGCAAAUCCAGACUCCGACCUGACGUCGACGCUGACCGCCACCGCCAUAAGGAUAGGACAAAAGAUGGGUCUCGAUCGGGAGAACAAUGACUCCAAGGUCUCGUUCUUCGAGAAGGAAAUGCGAGUCCGACUCUGGUGGAGGCUGCUUGGCCUUGACUCCCGAGGCCACGCCGUUACGAAGCCGCCAUUGUCCGAACUCUGCGACGUCCGCCCGCCACUCAAUGUCAACGAUGCGGACUUGCAUCCAAAUAUGGUCGGGGCUCCUGUCGAGCACAACGGCCCAACCGAGAUGCUGUGCAUCUUGAUGAAGUAUGAGGUCUCCGACUGGCUCCGCUCCUCACCCACGGCUGCCAAGGUUUUCGGAAGUAUCUUUCAAGGUUCUGGCAAAGGCGAUAUGUCGAUGCAACUGCAAGACGAUGCCGUCAAUGAACUUGAGGCCGUCUAUCAGGUGAAGUACCUUAGCAAAUGUGACAGACGAAUACCUCUCCACGCCUUGACGUACGCCAUGGCGAAACGUGGUAUCGCUCGCAUGCGCUUCAAGGUCCACCAUCCUCGCGGUCGAGCAGCCGGCAAUGGUGGCGAGUUUUACACGUCGAGGGAGGAGACCGACAUGCUCUUCGAAACGGCCGUGACUUCGUUGGAGAUGGUCGACGUGGCCAUCCACAGCAAGUUAUCCUCUCAUUUAUUCGCCCACAUGACUACUUCCAAGUUCCAGAUGGAUUCGUACAUCUACGUCAUCAGCGAACUCCGGCGGCGGUGCUCGGGAGACCGGGUGGCACUGGCUUGGAAGCUGGUCGAGGAUCUUUACAACGAACAUCCUGAGCUGAUCGACGAUACUGAGAAUACCUUUUUUGCCGCACUUGGUGACCUGACUUUGGAGGCUUGGGAGACGCGCAGAAAGGAGCUGGUUCAUGGUCAAAGAGUUCGCGAAAACGACGUGACGCCGCAGUGUAUUCAGUUGCUCUGGGACAAGAGACAGAAAGGGCAGGAGGAUAACGUUCAAUUGUCUGCCGUCGUGGGUCCUUCGGGUCUUGACGCGGUCCAAUGGAUGGACGAUAAGGAUGUAGCUUGGGAUUAUUGGAAUGAGUUUCUGCAGCUGUAAGACGACAACCUGGAUUGAUGCGUACUUGGCCUGUUGUCCAGGCCCUCUUGGAGCAUGGCGCCGGCGCCACGGCCGAGGACGAGGAUGGGUCAACAGCGGUCUCGUUGGUGAGGGAACGAAAUCUGCAGCGACAUACUCCGGAAACAAUGAGACCUCUCGAGUCCGGUUUGGCUGAAAGUACGAAAUGGUCCGGGAACAGUGAUUGUGUUGACACUUGGAUAUGCUCACGAG